AUGGCCUACACCAAGAACACUGCCAAAAAAUCCAAUGGUGGCUCAGUGCCACACGUCCUCCUCAAGCUCUCAAGCACCCAGAUUUCUGGAGUAGAUAGGCAGAGAAGGAAGGCUUUGACUGCCUCCAAGGUCACACCUGUGGGAGGUGGGGACUUUGAAAAGAGAGAUGCUCACCAUAAGGCUUUGACCACUGCAAAGGCUGGGGACUUGGAAAAGAGAAGUGGUCACAAUGAGUAUUGCAUACUCUGCAGGGAUGGUGCAGACAGCUAUGGAGACAAUACUCUCUUCAUGUGCACUCUGUGUCCCAGAGUAGUGUGCAGACUCUGCCUGCAGCUGCCACCUGACAUAGAGACCAAAGUCCUGCAAGAGGAUGUCUCUUUCUGCAGCAACAAGUAUAACACUGUAGUACAUGAUGCGUGCAUUUGCUGCCAUAUCAAGAUGGAACCAGGCAGUGCCUACUUUGGUUUCUAUAAUGCCAACUGCCUUCUUGUCUUGGACAGGUUCUUACCCAUCAAUGGUGCACUCAAGGUGUCUGACCCUUUUGAGUUUGCUCAUGCCUUUCUCAAACCUUACUAUGCUGGCGAUGGCAUCAAAUAUCUUGAGGUCUACUAUGACAUUGGCACUGAUGCCAAGCUUUGCCCUUACCAUAGCAAAAUCUGGCAGAUAAUCAAAGGUUUGAAGAACUCAUUUGUCUGGGAGCAUGUUAUCAUUGGCAUGUCUACUCACACCAAUGACAAUUAUGGAGACCCUUUUACUGGGUAUGAGGAUGAUAAUUCAAAGGUCUAUGUCAGCACUCCAGUCAAUGAUUUCUUGGAAAUAAUUCUCAAACCCUGGCAAAGUAUCAUCAACAGCGCCCAGGAAUCUUACCUCUGGAUGCUAUGUUGUGGCUCCCUUGUCACCAACUUGGACUCAUUCCAUGGCUUGCAAGAGGCUGUUGUCUGGUAA